AAACAAAAUAUUAGAAACUGAUCUUCGUUCAAGCGUUCGUGAAAAAAUCUGAAAAAGAAAAGAAACAUUUGUUGAGAGAAAUUGUUAAGCAUAAUGGCGUCAAGACAAGCAAAAGAAGAGAAAGCUGAGCAUUUAGCUAGGGAAGCAGCAGCUGAAUUAAGAGAUGUUAAUAGAGAUAGGAGGUAUGAAGAAGAAUCAAAGAUCAAGUAUGACGAGGAACCACAGCAACAACAACAACAAAGGCCUGGUGUUAUUGGGAGUGUUCUGAAAGCUGUUCAAGGUACUUUUGAUCAUGCCAAAGAAGCUGUGACUGGUUCUAAAACUGCUGCUCAUGAUUAUGGUACUACUGCUGAUCAGACUACUACAUUGGGUCAAGGAACUGAGUACUAUGAAAGUGGUGUCCCUAUGGGCUCUGGUUAUGGCGAGGACUAUACUGCUACUGCUGCGCAGAAAACUAAGGAGAUGAAAGAUACUGCAGGGGAGAGAACAAAAGAGUAUGCCGGGAGUGCUGCUGAGAAAGCCAGGCAGGCGAAAGACUCUACGGUUGAUACCGCCAAAGAGUACACUGGCAGUGCUGCUGAUAAGGCAAGGCAGGCGAGAGAAGCUGCUGAAAGGAAGACUAGGGAGUACGCAGAUACCACCAAGGAUUAUGCUGGAAGUGCAGCUGAAAAGGCUAGACAAGCAAAAGAUGCGACUGUCGACACAACCUAUGAUUAUGCUGGAAGAGCUGCUGAUACGACCAAAGAGUAUGCUGGAGCCGCAGCUGAGAAGGCAAGACAAGCAAAGGAUGCAACUGCGGACACUACCUAUGAUUAUGCUGGCAGAGCCGCAGAUCAAACUAAAGAGUAUGCUGGCGCUGCAGCUGAGAAGGCAAGACAAGCCAAGGAUGCAACGGUGGAUACAACUAAAAGUUAUGCUGGAAGCGCAGCAGAUAAGACUAAAGAAUAUGCUGGAUAUGCAGCUGAUAAAGCAAGGCAAGCAAAAGAUGCGUCUGUGGACACCACAAAGGAGUAUGCUGGCUAUGCUGCUGAUAAGGCAAGACAAACCAAGGAUGCUACUGUUGACACCACAAAAGAGUAUGCUGGAUAUGCCGCUGACAGAGCAAGACAGGCCAAGGAUGCUACUGUUGACACCACAAAGGACUAUGCGGGAAGUGCAGCUGAGAAGGCUAGGCAGGCCAAGGAUGCAACAAUAGACACCACAAAAGAUUAUGCAGGAAGUGCGGCAGAAAAAGCUAGGCAAGCUAAGGAUGCUACAGUAGACACCACGAUGGACUAUGCUGGGAGUGCAGCCGACAAGGCGAGAGAAGCAAAGGAUUAUACUGCUGAGAAGGCUGUUGAAGGCAAAGAUACUGCAGUUGGUAAGAUUGUUGAUCUUAAGGACUCUGCAGCUGAUGCCGCUAGAAGAGCUAUGGAUUUCUUGACUGGUAAGAAGGAUGAAGCCAAAGACAAAACCUAUGAGACUGCUGAAGCAGCGAAAGGCAAGACUUAUGACACUGCUCAAGCAGCCAAGGAUAAGACUUAUGAGACUGCUCAGGCAGCCAGGGACAAGACAUAUGGGGCAGCUCAAACAGCCAAGGAUAAGACGUAUGAAACUGCUCAAGCAGCCAAGGACAGGACAUACGGGGCAGCUCAAACGGCCGAAGAUAAGACAUACGAAACUGCUCAAUCAGCCAAAGAGAAGGCAGCUCAAACUGGUCAAGCAACCAAGGAGAAAAUGGGUGAAACGGAGGAGGCAACAAGACAGAAAAUGGAAGAUAUGAAAUUAAGGGGAGAAGAGUACAAAGAAGGUGCUAAGCAGAGAGCUGGUUCUGCUCAUGCUUAUGGUCACGAUGAUGAAGGUGAAAGGGGAACUGCAGCACAUUCAAACGUAUUUGGUGCAAUUGGAAGUGUAACAGAAGCAAUCAAAGAGAAAUUCACAACACCGAAGGAUGUUGUUGAGAGAGCAAGGCUUCAAACUGAUGAUUCCAAAUCUAGGUCUGCUGGAACUGGCCAUGAAAAGAUUACUGUUGAUGUGGAACGAGAAACACCAGCUGGUCAAGUUUCAUCUAGAUUGAAAGCUUCCGAUCAAAUGAGUGGUCAGACUUUCAAUGAUGUUGGAAAGGUGGAAGAUGCAACCACGACUGUACGCCUCAAGCGUGAUAGCCAGGGUAAAAUGUAAUCAUCUAAAUGUGUGUCAAGCGGAAGGAGGCAAGGAAUAUUUUGGAAUGUGAUUAGUAAAUACGUCCCCAUGGAUGGAUACUAUGUUAUUUUUGUUUUCUGGUUGUAUUUUGGUUUCAGUUUUUUUUGCUGCUUUAGGAGUUUUAACUUCGGGGUUUGGAGGCUCAUGAUGAUGAUCUUACCUUCCUGUUGUUAUAUUUAGUUUGUGAUCUUGUUUUUCUGUAUAAUAA